AUGCGUGCGGUAAGGGAUCUCAGAUCCCUUCAAACUACGGCCGAACCCAUUCUCCAAAAUGGGUGCAUCCAUCCACAACUUCGAGUUGGAACUUUGGUGUGGCAUGAAGACCAUGGUGUUGGUCACAUCUUGGGUUGGCGUCAUCAUGGGGUCCUGGAAGGUGAACCAGUAGAUGUGGAGGCUGACAACACUGCCAGCAUCGAAUUUGAGAUGCAAAGCGCACAGGGCGGAGGUCUGGUGCUACUGAUGCUUCCCCUGGUGGAAGUGACGUUUCUGCCGGCCAAUGUGUUAAGGUCCCCAGAGCUGGGCCUUCGCGUCCGCAGAGGUUUGGAUUGGGACUGGGGCGAUCAAGAUGGCGGUGCCGGCAUGUUGGGCAUCACAGUGGCUGAAGGGCGAGUGGACUUGGGCUGGGUCAACGUGCGCUGGGAUCAUGGUGACGGGAACAGCUACCGCGUCGGAGCCGAUGGGAAAUAUGACCUCAUGGUUGUGCCUGAGGGGACGAGGAACGCGCCGGACGUCAAGGUUUCCUUCGUGGUGGCUGGUGCCGGUGGGGAAGCAAUCAAUGGUCGGUACGUUCUGGUUGAUACGCAAAAUGGCAGACCCAGAUACAAACUCGAGCAUGGCCAAGCUGUGAUGUUCUUCCAAGAGAAGUGGAAAAUUGCCGAGCGCGAGGGCGCCACGGCUUGGUUGUAUCAGCACCCUGCUGCCACCAGCAGCCCACCGACUGGUCCUUGGACAGUGGUGGGAGAUGAUCCUGGACCUCCUCCCCUUGUCUUUGAUGAAUCAGAGGACGACAUUCUCCGUGGCCCAGAAGUGGGGCUGCGAGUUCGGCGUGGUCCGGACUGGGAAUGGCAAGACCAGGACGAUGGUGGUCUUGGCAUUACCGUGGACAUCGAAGCCAGACUGGGCUGGGUGGCCGUCCGUUGGGAUCAUGGAGUGGAAAAUAAAUAUCGUGUCGGAGCAGAUGGCAAAUAUGAUCUCAUUGUGGUUGGAAGGAGCAUCUCAUUUGAAGCGCGAGCACCAAGCGUGGCCUCCGGUUCUGGUGCGUGGCCGGUGCGAGUCACCGGUGCCGGUGGCGUGGGCGAAUCGGUAAAUGGCUGGUUCGUGCAAGAUGGGAUGCUUCAUGGAAAACCCAGAUAUCGACAACGUGAGGGGACUGCCAUCAUUUACUUCUCAGGCCAAUGGAAGAUCAAUGACGAGGCCAGGGCACAGCUCCAAAGCUCCAGAGGUAUCAUCCUCAACGCGUCACUGCACUACCGGGACGAUUUGGGUGGCUGGUUCUAUUGCCACCACGACUCCGCUGCCUCCUAUCCACCCAAUGGCUUCUGGAGCACAGAUGGCUACACCGGCCUCGAUGCGGACCCUGCACCCGUUGUCGGUGUCUAUGAGACCGGCAGCUAUGAGCCCCAAGUGAUUUCCGAGCUCGGGGCCCCCAUCAUCGGCCUGCGCGUGGCGCGGGGUCCCCAAUGGUGCUGGGGCGAUCAGGAUGGCGGACGCCUGGGAAUGACCGUGGAACGCGGGUCGGCCACCGAGGGUUGGGUGGGCGUUCGAUGGGAUAACGGCAAUGAGAACAACUAUCGAGUUGGAGCCGAGAAUGCUUAUGAUCUCGUCGCGGUGUCGCACCUGCGUCUGUCCCAUGCAGGAGGAAGAGGUUCGCAGGUCAAUGGGCGGUAUGUGCCCACCGAGACCUUCAAUGGGAGACCCAAGUUCCGGCAGAUCAAUGGCUCAGGCAUCAUCUACUAUGAUUCGUUCUGGAAGAUCAACUUUCACGAUGAUACCGGGGGCUGGUACUAUUCCCACCCCCUUCCCAAUGUGGUACCGCCAAUUGGCGACUGGACCACGCAGGGAUACGGUGGUGAAGAUGCAGAUCCGGCGCCCUUGUUGAUGCGUUCCUUUGAUGUGGGGAAUCUGGUGAAGUUUGUGAAUUUGGACGAGGAGCUCUGGGAUGCUUGUCCCAUGCCCAAGCUCUCACCGAGCCUGGGGUCUGCCUAUAACAUCGCACAGAUCCAAGAUGAGUGGUUCCAGGAUCGCAGCUCCCACUGGGGUCCCUUGAGGGCAGUCGAGUUGAGUCAUGAGACGGGGACGGAACCGCCGGUUGACUGGACGCCUGCUGGGUAUGAUGAGACCUGGGUUUCUGCAGAGGAAGCCGAGAAAUCCAAGUGCCCCAUUUGUUUCAUGGUGGCCCGAAACGCCUUGGCACACGAAUGCGGCGAACUCUUCUGUGAGGAUUGCUGGGUGAAGUGCCAAGGCGAGGACGAGCGUUGUCCUGUUUGCCGACAGGAGGGACACGAGGUGGCGCCUGCCUAUGCGAAUCGACGGGCCAUUCAACGGCUGCAGAUCGUGUGUCCCAACAAGUGCGGGCAAGUCUUGUGCCUGAGCGAUAAAGAGGACCACCUGCGUAGCAAGUGCGGUCACCGCCCCAUCCGCUGUCCUGACUGUGAUUCAGAAGUAGCGGCUGGGCAGUUGGCGGAGCAUCAGGUCCUCUGCCGCGAGAAUUGGCCAAUCUGUGAGUUGUGCGGCCAACGCGUCAAGAACUUGGCCGUGCACAUGGCGGCGCAGACGGGCGACCACAUGCUGCGCAUGGUGGAAGGCUUGGCUUCGCUGCGGGAGGAAGUGAAAGAUCUGAGGACUCAGAACAAGGCUUUGCAGACACGCCUUUGUAAAGAUGGGGAGCCUCAGGACUUCUUCUGA